UCAAAAUUUUACAAUUAGUGGACAACUUCAGGUGCUCCCCAUUUUGCUGAAUUCCCUUAUGCAAAUGGUGUGGGACGCUUGGCUAAGUUUGAUUUUAACGAGGAGGAGCAAGUGGUAGCAGACCUCUUUCGACAGUCAUUUGUUGAAUUCAUUAAAAUUGGAGCUCCAUCAAAUCAUCACGAAGUUUGGCUAGAUAUAGGUACAGAAGAUAGCCUUCGUUACUUGAAAAUUGCUCCGGAGCCAAAGAUGGAAAAAGGAUUUCACAAUGAAUCUAUUUCUUUCUGGCAUAAGGUUCGCAAGUAUGGCUUCGACGUAACGAGUCUACAACCAGUGAAAAAACAUGAGGUUGAAGUGAAACAGGAGCUAUAG